GCCAAAAGAUUAUUGAAAAUGGGAAGGUCUCCUUGUUGUGAUGAAAAUACUGGUCUUAAGAAAGGUCCUUGGACCCCUGAAGAAGAUCAAAAGCUUGUCAAAUUCAUCAAUGAAAACGGCCAUGGUAGCUGGAGAGCCCUCCCCAAGCUUGCUGGUCUUAAUCGAUGCGGGAAAAGUUGCAGGCUAAGAUGGACUAAUUACUUAAGGCCAGAUAUUAAAAGAGGCAAGUUUUCUCAUGAAGAAGAACAAACCAUUCUCAAUCUCCAUUCCAUCCUUGGGAACAAAUGGUCAGCGAUUGCAAGCCACUUACCUGGGCGAACAGAUAAUGAGAUAAAGAACUUUUGGAACACUCAUUUGAAGAAAAAACUCAUUCAAAUGGGGAUUGAUCCCAUGACUCAUAGGCCUCGAACUGAUAUGUUUUCGAGCUUGCCUUAUUUAAUAGCUUUGGCUAACUUAAAAGACCUUAUGGAUCAACCAUGGGAGGAACAAGCUUUAAGACUUAAAGCAGAAGCCGUUCAAAUGGCUAAUCUUCAAAGCUUACAGUAUCUUCUUCAAUUAACCUCGGUUCCCACUUCAUCCACCUCUACCAUCAUCAACACUUUCACUGAUAUGGACGCCAUUAAUAAUCUCUUAAACCCGGUUUCUAUCAACAAGGAUUCAUCGAACAACAUAGCAACAGCCGCAGCAGCUUCUCUUCAAGGUUUCAAUGAUUCAAUCCCUUUCCCUCGUUUACCAGACCUACAACAAGUCCCAUCGACGAAAACCAAUGUCGAAAAGCUCGAUAAUUCAUCUAUGGUUCCAAAUGUUGCAGAGACGUUGACCCAUAAUUUAGGGGAUAUUGCUUGCAGCUAUAAAGAAGCUGAUCAUCUUUCAGUUUGGCCUCAUCAUGAUGAUCAUCACCUUAUCUUUGAAGAUCCUUUGUUUCAUGAACUUUCCUAGCUAUAGACUUUUUUUUUUUUAAAUAAGUUGAUACGGAAAAUCUUGAGAAAAAAGGUUUGCAGUUUCUCAUCUUUUUCAGUGCAUCUGUUUCUGCACAUACACUGUUUAUUAUAUAAGUUGGUUCUACGUAUAAUCCUUUUUCUAAAACAUCAAA